AAUCAGCUGGUCAUUCAUUUCGGAAAGCAAAUCAAGUGCAAGACUGAAAGCACUCAAAUUACGGUCGCUACUAACCACAAUAAUUAGCACUACCGCGAAAUUUAUAACUGCGACGUGUUAUAUUAUUUUUUUUGUGACUGUCAAUCUCAAAAUUUCUAUGGUUCCUUCCGAUGUAUUGCAAAUGCUGAAUUAAAUAGUUUAGUUGUCAAGAUACAGGGCGUUGAAUACAAAAUGAUACCAUGGAAAAAAAAGGAGAAACGAAGAGUCGAGCGGAUCUCUUUCUGUCAAAAACCAUUGUAAUCCUAACCUAAAUGAGCGACUCAAUGAAAAACAUUUCGAACUUAAAAUAUUCUAUGUUAUCGACUUGAUGAAAAUAUAAUUAUUAAGAUUGAAAAUUUAUUAGAAGGCUAAAGAUUUUCUAGUGACACACUCGCAUCUUCAACAUAUAUAGCAUAUAAUUACGAACGAGGUUAUUCACACAUUCGGCGCCAUGUUUGGUAGUUCGUUUUUUUAGCACGGGAGGUUAUAGCGUACAUAAUUGGAGGGCAACGACGUGACGAACGGUAAAACGCUGUACUACGUAGUCCAAAUCCAAACCCAAAGCAGUUGGAGCGAGCAGCAAUGGACGUUGGCGUCGUGUGUUCGCCUUUGCGGUGAAGCCGAGCUUCUAAAUGAUUUUAAUGUAUUUACAGUGAAUUAAAAAAGUGUAGAAGUUCCUCGUAAAUUUGCCUGUAAAUAUCCACGAUUAAGGAACGAAACGCAAACGGAGAUAGGGAAGGCAUCUAAAUUUUCCUUUAUGGAACAUGGCGAGUCCUUCGCCACAACCAUCGCCUAUGCAAUUGCCACAAGCGCAGAGUCCUAUGGGCCCACCGCAACAAUCUCCAUCGCAUUCUACAUCUAAUCCUCAGGGUAGUCCCAUGGGCCCACCCCAACAUCAUCAUCACGGCUCCAAUCAAGAUUAUCCCGGUGGAUCGCCUAUGCCCCCUCAAUCUCAACAAGUGCCUCCGUCUCAGCAACAACAACAGGGCUACCCUCUACAUCCUCAACAAAUGCCGCCUAACAUGGGACCACAGAGUCAAGGUGGUCCAGGUGGUCCAGGGCCAAUGUCACAGCAAGGUAAUGCAAUGAUGCCUGGUCAGAUGGGACCAAAUGUGCCGCCGGGAGGUGGACACAUGGGUCCGGGAGGGCCUGGCCAAGGAGUGUCAGGUGGUCCAGGUCAAAUGGGCCACGGGGGGCCAAACCCUAUGGGACCAGGAGGUCCGAAUCAAAUGGGACUGGGUGGUCCAGGACAAAUGGGACCGGGUGGUGGUCCGGGUCAUAUGGGACCGGGAGUUCCGAUGCAAAUGGGUCCUGGAGGUCCUGGGCAAAUGGGUCCGGGAGGUCCGGGGCAAAUGGGGCCAGGAGGGCCAGGACAGAUGGGGCAUGGGCAAAUGGGCAUGCCGGGACAGAUGCACGGACCGAAUUCGAUGGGGCAGGGGCCGGUGGGACACAUGGGAUCGGGGCAAGGAGCUUCGGGCCACGGACCGCCGCACAUGAGUCAAGGUGCUCCGGGGCCACACAUGGGACCGGGAGGUCCGCAAAAUCCGCAAAUGGGACCGGGCAUGCCCGGUCGCAUUCCCCCGGGACACAUAAAUGCCAGUCAGCCUGGUCAUAUGGGUCCGUCUUCGGGACCGAUGACUCCGAGCGGUCCGGGGCACAUGGGGCCCGGUGGUUCGCCGGGUGGUCCGAUGCCACCGAGUGGUCCGUCCCACAUGGGGCCGAGCGGUCCAAAUGCGAUAAACUCGAAUCAAAUGCCUCCGGGUUCGCCGAAUCAAAUGGGUCUUAACGGACCAGGACAAAUGGUCCCACCGGGAAACGCCGGACAAAUGGGAUCCAACGGCCAUGGCCAAAUGAGUCCCGGUGGACCGGGGCCUAUGGGACCGAACGGACCGCAGAUGGGACAGAUUAAUAUGGGAGGCCCGGCAAGUCAGAUGGGAAUGAGUGGACCCGGUGGAAUGAUGAGCAUGAAUAGUCCGGCGAGCCAAGCCGGAGCUAACGGACCGAGAAGCCAAAUGGGCAGCGGCGUACCAACGUCCAUGGGUCCGGAAAACGGCCCCGGUGCUCAAAUGGGCCCGGGAUCCGGCCCAUCCAAUCAAAUGAGUGAAAUUCGUGGAUCUAUGCCUCCGAACGAGAGUCGCAGCCCAAUGUUACAAGCAGAUUCACGCGGACCUAUAGGCCCGAUCAAUUCACCUGGACAAAUGAAUCCUGGUGGUCCUGGCGGACCAAUGAACUCGGGAGGAUCGACUCCUAUGGGACCCGCGAGCAGCGGCGCACCUCCUCCCUCUGUAGGACCCGCUGGACCCGUACAAAUGGGCCCCAAUGGACCUGUCAAUCAAAUCAUCCCACCUGGACCCGGACCACAUGGACCUGGCGGCACCUCUCCCGGAGCCUCCGGACCCGGUCAGGAAAAUCUCAAUGCUCUACAAAAAGCUAUCGACUCUAUGGAAGAAAAAGGACUCCAGGAAGAUCCCCGAUAUGCACAACUUCUCGCUCUCAGAGCUCGACAAGGCAAUAACUUGGGAGACAAACAAGCCUUCAGCUCGCAACAGUUGCAACAAUUACGGGUACAGAUCAUGGCGUACAGAUUAUUAGCGAGGAAUCAACCGCUUUCGCAGCAGCUGGCCCUAGCCGUUCAAGGAGGAGCACCUCCUCCUUCACCCUCAGGUAUGGGACAGCGUCCUCCAGUGGAUUCGGCACAAGCACCCCCGGCUUCGACGGGUCCGCCAACUCCGGUUCCGAAUGCGUUAGGACCCAACGGUCCACCGAGGCUCGGGGCUCAAACUCCUCAGCAACAUCAGCCGCAACAACCUGUACCAAAAACCAAUCGCGUAACAAGCGUCGCGAAGCCUGUCGGGUUGGAUCCACUUUUGAUUCUUCAAGAACGCGAGAACAGAGUUGCAGCACGAAUCGCUUUGAGGAAAGAGCAAUUGAGCUACCUUCCGACCAACAUGUCCGAAGACCUUCGGAUUCAAGCACAAAUCGAAUUGCGCAUGCUCAGAGUGUUGAAUUUCCAACGCCAAUUGCGAUCUGAGAUCAUCGCUUGCACUCGCCAAGAUACAACACUGGAGACUGCGGUUAAUGUUAAGGCGUACAAAAGAACGAAACGACAAGGUUUACGAGAAGCUCGAGCUACGGAGAAAUUGGAGAAGCAACAAAAACUCGAAGCUGAACGUAAACGCAGGCAAAAACAUCAGGAGUUCCUCACCUCGGUGCUCCAGCAUGGCAAAGAUUUCAAAGAAUUCCAUCGUAACAACGUCGCAAAAUUGGCUCGUCUUAACAAAGCGGUGCUCAAUUAUCAUGCCAACGCCGAGAGAGAACAGAAAAAGGAACAAGAACGUAUCGAGAAAGAGCGUAUGCGUCGUCUCAUGGCCGAGGACGAAGAGGGUUACAGGAAGCUCAUCGAUCAGAAGAAAGACAAACGUUUGGCUUUCCUACUCUCACAAACCGACGAGUACAUCAGCAAUCUCACGGAAAUGGUUAAACAGCACAAAAUGGAACAGAAAAGAAAACAAGUUGAGGAACAGAAGCGUAAAAAGAAGAAAAAGAGACCACAGGACAGCGAAGAGGGUGCAAACGGCGACGAUGUUCGCGUGAGUGUCAUCGAGAUUGCGACUGGUAAAACGUUGACCGACGAAGACGCUCCGCUCAUGAGUCAACUCUCGGCUUUCCUGGAGACACAUCCUGGCUGGGAACCUGUAGAAUCUGGGAGCGAAGGUGACACGGACGACGAUGAAGAAAAUGAGGAGAAAGAUCGCGACAGUGCUGAAAAAGAUGAACUUGCUGCUGAUAUGGCGGAAGAUAAAGUGAAGAAAACCCUACAAAAAGCGAAAAUCGAGGACGAUGAGUACAAAACAGAGGAACAGACCUAUUACAGUAUUGCUCACACUAUUCACGAGAGAGUUACGGAACAAGCAUCCAUUAUGGUCAAUGGAAAACUCAAAGAAUAUCAAAUUAAGGGUCUCGAAUGGUUGGUGUCUUUAUUCAACAACAAUUUGAACGGUAUUCUUGCGGACGAGAUGGGUCUUGGCAAAACGAUUCAAACGAUUGCCCUUGUUACUUAUCUCAUGGAGUUGAAGAAAGUGAAUGGACCAUUUUUGAUCAUCGUACCACUUUCAACUUUGUCGAAUUGGGUGCUCGAGUUUGAGAAAUGGGCACCGAGUGUCGUCGUCGUUUCCUACAAGGGUUCGCCGAUAGUGAGAAGGGCGAUUCAGGCGCAAAUGCGUACAACGAAGUUCAACGUUCUUCUGACAACGUACGAAUACAUCGUCAAGGACAAAGGCGUUUUGGCGAAACUCCAAUGGAAAUACAUGAUAAUUGAUGAGGGUCACAGAAUGAAGAAUCAUCACUGCAAGCUCACGCAAGUAUUGAAUACUCAUUAUCUCGCGCCUCAUCGACUUCUUCUGACUGGUACACCGCUGCAGAACAAAUUGCCCGAACUGUGGGCUCUUCUAAACUUUUUGCUGCCAUCGAUAUUCAAGUCGUGCAGCACUUUCGAGCAAUGGUUCAAUGCUCCAUUCGCUACGACUGGCGAAAAAGUCGAGCUCAACGAGGAAGAAACUAUUCUCAUUAUUCGCCGUUUGCACAAAGUCCUCAGGCCCUUCUUGCUGCGUCGUUUGAAAAAAGAAGUCGAGUCGCAGCUGCCUGACAAAGUCGAGUACAUUAUCAAGUGCGAUAUGUCUGGACUUCAAAAAGUUUUGUACAAGCACAUGCAGAGCAAGGGUGUUUUGCUGACCGAUGGCUCAGAGAAGGGAAAGAAAGGCAAGGGUGGUGCGAAAGCUCUGAUGAACACGAUAGUACAAUUGCGAAAACUUUGCAAUCAUCCCUUCAUAUUUCAAGUUAUCGAAGAAAAGUAUUGCGAACACGUUGGGACCGGGGGCACAUCUGUUGUAUCAGGCCCCGAUCUUUAUCGGGCUUCCGGUAAAUUCGAGCUUCUCGAUCGUAUACUGCCCAAGCUCAAAGCAACCAACCAUCGAGUACUGUUGUUCUGUCAAAUGACACAAUUAAUGACCAUUAUGGAAGAUUAUCUUAGCUGGAGAGGAUUCAUGUACCUUCGUCUCGACGGUACGACGAAAGCCGAGGACAGAGGUGAUCUUUUGAAGAAAUUCAACGAUCCUGGAUCCAACUACUUCCUCUUUCUUCUGUCCACGAGAGCCGGUGGUCUCGGUCUCAAUCUUCAAGCUGCCGAUACCGUCAUUAUUUUCGAUUCCGAUUGGAAUCCUCAUCAAGAUUUGCAGGCGCAGGAUCGAGCUCAUAGAAUAGGACAGAAAAACGAGGUCCGAGUGCUCCGGUUAAUGACCGUAAACUCCGUGGAAGAAAGAAUUCUGGCAGCAGCGAGAUACAAGCUUAACAUGGACGAGAAGAUCAUUCAAGCUGGUAUGUUCGAUCAAAAGUCCACGGGCUCGGAGAGACACCAGUUUUUGCAGACUAUUUUGCAUCAGGACGAUGCCGAGGAUGAGGAAGAGAACGAGGUACCCGACGAUGAAGCCGUCAACAAAAUGAUGGCGAGAACCGAGGAAGAGGUUGAGAUAUUCACGAAAAUGGAUCUCGAGAGACGAAGAGAAGAAGCUAAAUCUGGAACUAACAGAAAAUCGAGAUUGCUCGAGGAACACGAACUGCCAGAUUGGCUCGUCAAGGACGACGAGGAAGUCGAGCGAUGGGCGUAUGACGAGGACGAGGAUAGAUUUUUGGGCAGAGGCUCGAGGCAGAGGAAAGAAGUUGAUUAUUCGGACAGCCUCACGGAAAAGGAGUGGCUGAAAGCGAUCGACGAGGACGGUGUCGAGUACGAGGAAGAGGAAGAAGAGGACAAAGAGAAGAAACGAGGUCGUAAAAAGAGGAAGAAGGGAGAAGAGGAUGACGAGCCGAUACCGAAAAAACGUCGAGGUGCCGGAAGUUCCGUUGAUCCGAAAAUGAAAAAAGCUAUGAAGAAACUUAUCAUGGUGGUCGUUAACUAUACCGACAGCACGGACGGUCGAUUGCUCAGCGAGCCAUUUAUGAAGUUACCCUCGAGGCGGGAACUACCGGAUUAUUACGAAUUAAUCAAGAAGCCACUGACGAUAAACAAGCUUUUGCAGAAAAUCGAGGAGGGAAAAUACGCUGACUUUGACGAGCUUGAUAAGGACUUUAUGCAACUGUGCAACAAUGCCCAAACGUACAACAAAGAGGCCUCGCUGAUACACGAGGAUUCGAUCGUCCUUCAAUCGGUCUUCACGAACGCUCGUGAACGUCUCGAGGCCGAGGGGUUUAAUUCUGACGGUGAUGAGAGAGAUACUGGUUCCGCAGGUAACGGCGAAGACGGUUCGGAUGGAGAUUCGAGUGUGAGAAUGAAAAUGAAAAUGAAAGGACGAAAGAGCGAAGGAAGAGGAGGUCGACGGAGGAGGGUCACGAAAAAAUACAUUUCCGAUGACGACGACGACCCUGAUGACAACUAAACGAUCAAUUCGCGACGACUUUGCUCUUAUUUAUUUAUACAUCAUUGACUUUCCUUUCGCAGCGCUCUUGCGAACUGAUAUUACAUUAUAAAACAUUUCGCGAGACCGCACUUUUCGCGUGCUUCCUUAGAACAAACGAUGAUAGUAUUUUCGUGACGAGUUUACGAAAAACUCGCUCUCAACCGAUCAUUGAACCUUUUUUCUGUUUUUUAUUAGCGAAUGACGUGCUUAGCCACCAGUGGCAUUGAUAAUAAUCGUGUGUACAGCAGAAUUUCGAAUCCCUGAACUUCGCCAAUUCACCUUAAGACAAACCUGACCAUUUUAAUUUACAAACAACUUUUAAAGAAAAUUAUUCAAUUGUAGAAUCGACUCGUGCGAGCUGGCGAAUCGGAUUGAUUGAAUAUACAUAUACAUGCAUUAUUCGAUGGUGUUUUAGUAAUAAUUAACGACUCAGAUUCGUUGCUUUUCUCUAUUGAGAUCAUCCGUUUUUACAUGGUGAAAUUUCAUCCCAAUUUUUCGCUUCUUUCUUCAUUUUUCAAAAAGAAAUCAAUCAUUCUCCAUGAGAGAUAUCGCACCUCGAAUUUUCGUUCCUCCAACUUUCCCACAAAUUGUUCGAUUUUAUUGUUUUUUUCGAUCGAACUCCAAUCAAGUAUUAUUAUAUUUGACAGGACGAAGGAACUCUCAAUCGCUCGUAAAUUACGACAAAUCUAUUGCGAUCGGAAAUCUCCCGAUCUACCCAUUAAUAUUUUAUAUGUAUACAUAAAUUGUGUAUAUAUAUAUAUAUAUAUAUAUAUAUUUAGGAUAAUAUUUUCAGUUUAUAAGUUCUCUAGGAGACAAAAAUGAUGAAUAUUAGGAUAUAUACAAGAGUCAUUGUAACUUACAUCAAUAUACACUCCGAGUUAUUGAAUAAACGCUUAUGAAUGGACGAA